AUGAUCAGAACGACUCAUUUAGAAACAGAGUUGAUCAGCUUUUUACUUCCGACCACAAGUUUAUCUCCCACAGAUGCCACUGUCCCAGUGAGCAUCCAGCCUGCGACAGGCCGGACUAGGAGGGACCUGAGCCAGGGCAUCUUCAAGGGUGUCAACCUUGCUUGUCUGGAUGCCUCAGGUGGAUUCAUGCAACUGCAACCGCCCGGGAGGACGGAGCGCCCGGGCUCUGGCCUCCUGACCCAGACGGCGCGGGUCGCGGGUCGCGAGGGGGCGCGCGGCCGAGCCCGGGUCGCGCCGCCCCCUGCCUCCGGGCCGCCCGCCAGGAGUUCGAGGCCUCCCCGAUCCGGAUGUGAUGAAAAGGAGCCACCGAGGGAGAAGUGUUUCAGGCGCCUAGGAGUGGUGGAAGGAGGGACAGAGGCAGAGCGGGGACAAGUCCCCUGCGGAGGGGAGCCGGCCGGAGGGAGCUGGCUGGAAAGAGGGGGCGGAGUGCGCGGAGUCACCGGAGCCGCCGUUGCCGCCACUGCGGCGUCUGGGCUGAGCCGGAGGGAGCAGGGGAGGCCGCGCAGGGGCGGCCGGCGUCAGGCCACCGGGGCGAGAUGCGGCCGCUGCCGGAGCCCCGCUAACUUUCUGGGGCGGAAGAGGAGGAGGAGGAAGGGGCUUGGAGCGAGUGGGGUAUGCCGAGAAGCAGUCAGUUCCCUGCACCCUGCACCCAGCGGCCCUUCCUGCGUGCGCCCCGCGGGGCGGCCAGCUAGGCGGCCGCGGCCCAUGUCCGGCGCGGGCGAAGCCCUCGCUCCCGGGCCCGCGGGGCCGCAGCGCGCGGCCGAGGAGGGCUGCGGCCGACCCGGCUCCCCGGCCCAGGAAGAAUGUGAUAAAGACAAUACUGAGAAAGCUAUAACUCAAGCUACCAACAGCCACUUCACACGUGAAGAGAUGCAAGACCAGUCCAUUUGGGGAAAUCCUGCAGAUGGUGAACUCAUCAGAACCCAACCUCAGCGCUUGCCUCAGCUUCAGACUUCAGUGCAGGAGCCACCUGAGGAGGAAAUCAGCAAGAUAAAGAACGGCCACACAAGUCUGAGCAACGGCAGUGGAAUUCACCAUGGGACCAAGCAUGUAUCUACAGACAAUCACAAACUUUCGGCACCUGUUUCUCAAAAAAUGCAUAGAAAAAUUCAGUCCAGCUUGUCUGUAAACAGCGAUAUCAGUAAGAAGAGUAAAGUAAAUGCUGUCUUUUCCCAAAAGACAGGCUCUUCACCUGAAGAUUGUUGUGUCCACUGUAUCCUGGCAUGCUUGUUCUGUGAAUUCCUGACUCUCUGCAAUAUUGUGCUGGGACAAGCUUCAUGUGGCAUCUGCACUUCAGAAGCCUGCUGCUGUUGCUGUGGAGAUGACAUGGGGGAGGACUGUAACUGCCCUUGUGACAUGGACUGUGGCAUCAUGGAUGCCUGUUGUGAAUCAUCAGACUGUUUGGAAAUCUGUAUGGAAUGCUGUGGAAUUUGUUUUCCUUCAUAAAUAUUUAUCUUCUGUUUGUGUUAAAACUGGAGAGUGUUUCAAAAUUUUUCUUUUAGGGGGGAGAAAAGCACAUGGUUAAGAUUCUCAUGAAGCAAUGUAGUAUUUGCACUGUUAACUCAUUAUUUUAAGUAAUCUCUGACAGCCUUUUUUCUCUAACCAAAUCUACAUGGUUUAAUAUGUGAAAUUUUAGCUACUUUAACUAGUUUUUUAAACCUAAUAGAUUACAAUAAAUGAGGAACAUUUUGAUGCCCAGCC